AUGGAUUCUAAACCUGUGACAGACUAUGAAAUACUGAAACGAUAUCACCAGCUUAUUCCGGAGAGUGAUGGCUCAUGGGAAAGCUCGCUUGUGGAAAAGUACCACGAAUCGCUAUUCAAGGAAUUCGCCAUCUGCGAUCUUAGCCACUACAAAACGGGUCAAAUUGGCAUCAGGUGGCGAACCGAGGUGGAGGUUAUAAGGGGAAAGGGGGAAAAAACAUGUGCCUCCAAGACUUGCGAUGAAAAAUACCCCUUAUUCACCUACCAAGUGACAUUCAAUUAUAUCGAACAAAAUGUGCCAAAGAGGGCGCUAGUGAAGGUGCGAGUCUGUGAUAAAUGUGCCAAAAAGCUCAACUACAAGAAUGAGCAUAAAUUAUUGCACUACAAACACUGA